AUGGCGUCUGCAUUGAGCGAUUCCACCACAUGGAAUAACAAUUUUGUUCCGCGUCUCCGUGCACAAAUGUUUUGUCUCAAAAUGUUGUUUUUGCGGUAUCACUUCCUCUCUAAAAGUUUUCGAAUGUCCGUAGGAAGGGACCUACUUUUCGAGUGUGUAGCUUCUUCCAACCAAGAGGUUCGCUCCAUGCUUCGGUGCCGGAAAGCUGGUAUUUGUACUCCCGCUGUUUUCUUCGUUGACUACACCACCCACUGCAUUUACAUGGAAGAGAUAGAGAACAGUGAAACGGCUCGCGAUCACAUCAACAAUCUUUUAGGCAAUCCAGAAGAGAAAUCGGAGCAGAUAUUACAAGUUCUAGCCGAGAAAAUAGGUUCGUGCUUGGCUGAUAUGCACAAUGUGGAUUGCAUUCACGGCGAUCUCACCACGUCGAAUAUCUUGUUAAAGACCGGUGCUGAGAACAUUAUUCUUAUAGACUUCGGACUGAGUUUUAUAUCAGCUUUAACGGAGGAUAAAGGUGUUGAUCUGUACGUUUUGGAAAGGGCUUUUCUCAGCACUCAUCCAAAUACCGAAGAGCUAUUCAAGAUUAUUUUGGAAAGUUACAGAAAGAAAGCUAACAAGGCUGAAGAGGUAAUCAAGAAAUUAGAUGAAGUGAGGCUGAGAGGAAGGAAGAGAACCAUGGUUGGAUGA